AUGAUACGAAACAUAAGAUCGAGACUUUUGUUUACCCGAUAUAGCCGUUUCCAGUUUUGCCAAAGAAGCGUUGCAUCCAUAUCAUAUGAAACGAACAAGUCAAUAUUCGAUCCAGAGAGAUUCACUUUUCCUAAUGACGAUCAGAAGCAAUGGGACCAAUUAGUCAAGGAAUACACGCGCCUACUUUUGAAAGAAGAUGUACCAACUGCUAUUAAGCACCUACAAGAGUUGGAGCAUUGUAAUGACUGGCAGAAAGACAAGGUACGACCGAUGUUGGAACUUAUUCAAGCCGGCCUCGAUGUAUAUAACAAAAGCAACACAAGACACAGCUUCAAAGAGAUCAUUGACGUCAUUCAAAGAUAUAUUGCAUUGCUUAGGCAGAUGAAAAAUGAGAUGCAUGAAGAAUCAUUGAAGCAGCAUAUUGACACGACCUUGAAGACUUUACUACAUGCGUAUUACAUAGAUCUGAUACACGGCAAAAAGGGGAUACUCAUGCUUCCAAUUCAAAAGACGUUUGACCAGAUAGUGGAUGAAUUUGGCGUUGACUUGGUGCAGUUAUCAAAGAGGUUAGCGGAUGAACAUUUGAGGAAUAGUCUAAUGGAGCUCAGACCAAAGACGAGCGACCUCGAAUAUCCAAAGAAAGUUAGUGACCCAAAUAUCAUUGACGUACCUAUUGAGCCAUACUUGGAUGACUCAGGCAACUUGCAUUUCGAAAGUGCUUGUAGGUACAUCACAGACAACAAGUUUCGGUGGAAUGGAGAACCAAUUGUUUCGUGCUACAAAUUUUAUGAUGCGUUACCAACUGAUCAAAAGAGUAUAUUUGUGCAAAGCUAUCUUUCAUUCAAUAAAUCAAAACAGUCAAAUCUAGAGCAAUACACUCACAAGUUGAUUAAAAGUCCAUCAAAAUUCAAUGCGAUCUCAGAGAAAAGUGCGAAAUUCAUCGCAUCUCAACAUGAGUUGAUUAAGACUUGGGUGGAUUCUAGUUGUGAGAAGAUUAAGCUGCUGAUGAUGGUGAAAUCACCGGCUUCACACGAGGAGAAGGUUCUUUAUCAGUUUCAGCAAUUUAUACAGGUGUUUCCCCUAAUCUCGAUUGUCGGUCAUAUAAUUCAUAAAUUGAUUUCGUCUGCAUAUAGGGGCCAAGUUGGAGUCUUGGAAGUAUUGAAUGAUAUGAGGCUGGUGUUUAGACGGGACAUUAUAUUGAUGAAAAGAUCAGACAACAGAGCUCAGCUUUUCAAAUUUAUUUCCGAUGACGAGUUUGACAAAUUUUCGAGUAUCUUGAUCAGAUCUGUUAUUGAAUCUUGCACCCUACCUAAAGAACUUGCAAAUAUCAAUGAGAGUAAAGAAAGCAACACCAAGCUCAAUUCACCAUUCUAUCUUGACACAAUCUACACUUCCCCCACAAAAUCUAAAGUUUUCAUAAAGAUUCACCCUGCACUUUCACAAAGCUUAACUGCAAUCCCCAUCGGCUCUGACUCCCAUCAUUUUCCAUUAUUGUGUCCACCCGAACCCUGGCUCGGUGUAAAUAGAGGUGCGUAUUUGGAACGAAGCACCCCGUUCUUGAGUGGGGUCGAUAAGUUACAACAAACUAUUUUGACCAAUGCUCAACACCAAGGAAAGCUAGAUUCCGCAUUCAAAUGUCUUGAUCAAAUGGGCAAAACUGCUUGGGCAAUCAACCCGGAGAUGUUACUGGUUUUCAACAAGGUGAUUGAUUUACCACAGGGGUUUCUAAACAUACCCCCAAAAGUUGUCGACGAAGCAAAUAAAUCAAAGCAAGAAGUCAUCGACUUGAAAGGGUUGAGACUGAAUUUCGAAACUGUUAAUAUGUUGGCCAAUGCAUUUGGGCGUAAUGGCGAUAUGUUGUACCAUUGUUAUGUAUUUGAUUUUAGGGGGAGAGUAUAUCCUUUAUCGCCGUUGACGCAUUAUGGUGGAGACUUGACCCGGUCCUUGUUUCAAUUCUGGUUUGGUCAGCCUUUGGGUCUCAAUGGCUUGUACUGGGUGAAGUACCAACUUUUGUCGGUAUUUGGGGGAAGCUGCAUUGACUGUGAGGAGUUUUACAAUCAAAAUAGAGCAAACAUUAUUGAUUCGGCUACGGAUCCUUUGCAAAAUCGAUGGUGGAUGAAAGCCGAUGAACCAUUUUCUGCCUUAUCAGUUUGUAUUGAAUUGAAGAACAUUUUGGAGUUUGUUGAACUGGGCAAGGGUUCGGUUGGGGAAUAUAUGUGUCGAUUACCAAUUCAUCAGGAUGGAUCAUGUAAUGGACUUCAGCAUUACGCUGCACUAGCUGCGGAUGAGCUUGGUGGGAAAGCAGUGAAUUUAGUCCCUGUGGACUCAAAACAGGAUGUCUAUUCAACAGUGAGAGACAUUGUUGAACGUAAGAUCAUCAAUGAUGUGACAAAUGGAAAACUACUGGAGGUGCACCGAGACCAUGCUAAAUUCAUAUUACUGAUUUUGGAUCGGAACUUGAUUAAACGGCCGGUCAUGACUACUGUAUAUGGAGUCACUCUAGUUGGUGCAAGUCGACAAAUUUUGGAAAAUGUUGAGAAAAUCGUUUCUGAUCAUGAUGAAAAUCCUUCCAAGCGUGGAUUAUAUGAUGAAGAGACCAUUGACAGGCUACGUUCGUUCAAUUUGAAAUCAACAAUGUACUUGGCAAGGAAGAUUCUAUCAUCAAUCGAUGAACUAUUCCACAACGCCAAACAAAUGGAGCGGUGGUUAGUUCAAAACGUGAGACGCAUUUUGACUGGUUAUAACGUAAAGACCUUGGACUACCUCCAACUGAAACUGCAUGCGUCUCUGUCGCUCACUUUUACAUCGGCAGCAAAAUCAUUGGAGGAUUGGUACAAGAGUGGCAUAAGUUAUAUUCCAAUAAGUUGGAUAUCUGCGUCUGGGUUCCCUGUUCUUCAAACUUAUCGAAAGAAACAGCAACCGCAUAGUGUUGCCGGUGCAUUGGGUUCAAUUAUGCAACUGGCUCUGAGUAAGCAUGCACCGAUGGAUCGACGUAAGCAUGAGUUGGCAAUUGCGCCAAACUUUAUCCAUUCUUUGGAUGCUAGUCACAUGUUUAUGACGUGUGAUGCCUGUGCUGGAGAGGAGGAGGGGGUCCGGGGUGAUGAUGGAGCUAGUAGAGGUCUGGUAGGUCUGGUGACAUUUGCAUCGAUUCAUGAUUCGUAUUGGACUCACGCAAGCCAAGUUGAAACGCUCUCGCAAAUCUUGCGACAAACUUUUGUCAAACUACAUUCAUUUGAUUAUAUGUCUCAUGUUCGAGACGAUUUUGUUAGCCAAGUUGAGCACUUGAAUUUGUUCCAAUUGGUUUAUUUCAACAAGCUGGAGUGGCCGAAUCUAUACGAUGACCUAAAGUCAAUACGACUGGGGUAUGAAGGAGAGUAUGGUAAAAUGAGCGAGGUGUUGAACCAUGAAUUGCGACAAGUCCAUGAAAUGAGACAAGAUCAUCCUAUUUCUCAACUACUCAAUCAACACAAUCCGAAAUUGUUCCACAUAGUUGGAAACAAUAUAUAUAACUACAAUCCGAAUGUUGAGGAUAGUGAACGGGUUCAGCUCGAUAAGUCGUAUCGCAAGCAGUUGGUUCCAGUUUUCGUUCCUUUACAAAUACUAAAUUUGCCUAAGAAGGGUACCUUAGAUAUUAGAUACGUUUUGGAAAGUAAAUACUUUUUCUCAUAA